AUAAUGCCAUUGGCUUUGUUCUGGCAAACAGUUCUGAACAAUGGUGUCGUCGAAGAAGCGGAAGAGCGAUGGCGUCAAUAAAGGCGACGGUCUCAACGCACGCAGCUCCGGCUCCAAAUCGAAGAAGAAUUCGUCUAAUAAGGCGAACUUAAAGGACGCUGCGAAGAAGGAUGCGGAGGUUCACGAGAUCUCGGAAUCGUCGAGCAGCGAAGGGAGGCGAGAUGAGCCGAAGGAAAGCAAUGGCGGCGUCGUGGUUUCGGAAGACGCUAAGAUGAUUAGGUUCCCGAUGAAUCGGAUUCGGAGGAUCAUGAGAAGCGAUAACUCAGCUCCUCAGAUCAUCAUGCAGGACGCUGUGUUUCUUGUCAAUAAAGCCACCGUACAGUACCAAACAUUAGUAUAUUGGCAUGAAUUGUUCAUUGAGAGGUUUUCUGAGGAAGCUUAUGGAAGUUCUGUUAAGGACAAGAAGAAGUUCAUCCACUACAAGCAUCUAUCAUCUGUAGUGAGUAACGAGGAGAGAUAUGAGUUCCUUGCGGAUUGUGUUCCUGAGAAACUAAAAGCAGAGGUGGCCUUGGAGGAAUGGGAAAGAAGCAUGACAGACCGUUGGAAGGAACCUACCUGAACCUUUGGGAAUUUGAGUCAUGUCCUGGUCAAUCGGUUCCAUCUCCAAUCUUCUCACUCCUUUAUAAUCCUUAAUGAGAUUGCACAUAGUUCAUUUCUAGAAUGUAUUACCACCUUUUUUCUUUAUUUUUACGAAUUCGAGUUUAUAAGAGUUUUCGGAACUAUAAGGUUUUACUUUCGUAGUAUAAUAAUGAAAUUUAUGAUCGGGCAAUAAGACAUACUAUCGCCCGGGUCAUGUGUAACAUAUUGUAAACGCAAGCAUUGACAAGAGCUUACACUACUGUCCUGGUUGUUAUAGCAGUCAUUGUCCAAAAUCAGUUUACUAGGUGGAAGAGGAGGUUGAAACGAAGAAAACAAUUUUGUUGAUGCGCUUUACACCAUCGAUUCAGAAUCUGACAAUGAUCAAGAGGAUCAGAAGAAGAUCUCCAAUGAGAUGACAGAAGAAUAGUGUGAUAACAAUGAGUGUGAGAAAGAAACAAGGAAUGUUUUUAACAACUUUGGUCUAGACGAUGAGGCAAUAUGUGCUGCUGCAUCACAUCUACAUUUAUCAUCACCGGUAAAUAAACCUGAUGAGAUGAUGAUUCAUCGAGAUCCACGGGAGGCUUUAGAUAUAAGCAAUGAUACGUACUACUAUAGUUAUUCCAAUGGCUUCUCAAACCCUGUUGUAUGAUACCAAUGGUGUCCAAGAACAUCAAGAAUCAAUAGAUGAGAGAGUUCUUGUGACAACAGAGAAGGGACUAAGUUAUGGACUAAGUGGAAAUCUUUUGGGACUGAAGCCAUCGAAACCAUACAAGAAAAUGAUGAAGACAUCGAUGCUGAAACCUUGCAAGAGCCCAUGAGAGAAGCUAACAAGGCUGCUUUUGACUGGUUUAUUUCAUCUCCUCAACUUGAUCACAUGAAAAUAUCUUUCAGUCCCUCGGAAACCUUGCCGGGUUCUGAUCUGAAGAUGAAAUCUUCCUUUCAGUUGGUACCAGAGACUACUGCUGGUGCUGAUUCAGACAAGGACAGUUUGUGAUGUGUUCAGGGGACUGACUGAUCACAAAGAGUAUUCAUCAAUGCUUCACAAAGCGUGAUAAUGAUGGAGACGUUUCCAAAGACAACCGUUGACGUUUUUGCGCUGGUGCUUGAAUCUGGAGGCAGUAAGUCUCAUGACUCUGUACUUUCUAAACCUCUGAACACUACUCAAAAUGCUAUCUGUGUUCUUUUACCAGAAUACGAUAACCUUGGGAGAUUGCUUACUACUGCCUUACUGGUUCUCUGGGUUUUUGUAGGAUCGUAUUUUUGGCAUAUUAUGAUGUUAUAGAUUGAUCUCUUCUACAAAGGUCAAAUCCUCCAUCUCUAUCUCCCUCCUCAUCUCCAAAUGGUCCAAAAAGCUUUGCUAAUCGGUGCCAAACGAUUAAAACAUACUCUUUGAAAUCCUUAACUAAUGUGAAACGAAGAAGACAAACCGAUUGAGCUGCAAGUAACCUUUGAUUAUUCUCAAGUAUUCUAGUUGCUCUUGAUCCCGAAGAAAUUAUGGUGGACGGUUGGGGGAUUUCUGGGAGUCCAACAAACCGCUGAUGCUAGCGCAGGGAUUAGAGAUAACAGAACUCGAUGAAGAACUUCCCGGCCACAAACUGAGCAACUCUGGUAACAACAACAUGUUGAUCUUCUGGGACGUGCUUGCUCCUCCUAAUAAGUUAGAGAUUUGGUGUGCAGAGGUCUCUUUGGAGAGACACAAGGAGACAUGUGAGAUUAGAGGAAACAUUUUGUGGUCCCAACCUAUCAUGACACUGGAUCCUCCUCCACAUCGCCUUCACUGUCACAUUUUGUUUGCUCUACCUCUCAACCUCUGAGCAAAAACUCUCAUCUUUUUCUCUCUAUUUGUUAUUAAGUCUCAAAAAUAAUCUAUUUUUCUUAACAUUUUGUGUAUGUGAUGAAAAAAAUUUAUCUGGACAUUUUUCUUUUCCUUGUUAACCAUCCCAUGUUUGCUCACUUUUUUCACAAAGUUAAUGGCAAUUAAUGUUGUAAGUUGUAUUUCACAAACUCUUUGCUAUGCCUUUAAAUCACAUUGCCAUCUACUUCGUAAUACAGAUCUUAUAAUUUAAUCUUAAAUUAUCGUUCUGUAUAAUUGUUUGUUUCAGAUAAUUUUUGAAGAAGCUUCAGCAUAUUGCCUCAAUGGCUAACCAGAGUGACAGGUAAAGAAGAUAUACAUUGUGGUUUUGACAUUGUUGAGAUAUGUGUUUUGUAUAUGACUCAGAACCUGAAUUGUGAUAUGGUUUUCAGGAAGGCUUUGACUUCUUUAAGCUUACCACUUCCUCUAAAACUGCAUCAACUAUGGAAACUGAAUCCGAAUCAGACUUGCAAGAUUAUCGUUCUUGCGCUUUUGAUUCAAGAAGUGGUGGAGAGAAACUGAAAGGGGCAUUUACACCUUCAAGGUUUACACAAGGUCCUCGGACCAUUGCUUCAGUUCUGUCUGAAAGUGAAAAUGAUGAUAACUCAUUCUUAAGAUCUAACAGCUCCUCUUGCGUUAGUUGAGAUAGUGGAGACUGAUGCUCUGAAACUUGAAACAGGUGAAGCUCCUGAAGUGAUGGAGACUAAAGCUGAACUGAAAAAACAUAUACAACGACAAAUUCAGUUCCGAUAAUGUUUCAAAUGAAGUCAUGCGCAUGUGUGAUAAUGUUUCAUUACAGAUAUAGUUCAAAAUAAAGUAAAACUCGAGAGGUUCGUUGGAAUUUGUGAAGGAAAUUUAAGAAACUAAAGUUACAGAAUGUAAGAUCAAGAUUAAAUCGAUAGAUGUGAUUUAAGACUAACGACAAGGAAAUAAAACACGAAACAUAAGUAAAUAACCGCAGGAAUGUCAUCAUUUUCAUAACAAAAUAUUCAAAACAGUUCAUAAUCCAAAAGCAAAAAGAAAACAGAAAGCUUGAGAGAAGCUCCGCCACCUCCGAUCAAGAACCCAAUUACGAGAAGAAAGUUCUGACGGAGACGAGACGAAGCUGUUACACAAACAAGCAACAGAAAACCAAACUAACAAU